AUGGUCGUCUACUACCAGAUUGCCGGCAAGAAGGUCGGCUCCCACGUCCUCUCCAUGGCCACUCUCGGCACCAUGUUCGCCGGUUCCUGGCUCGCCAUGGGCGGUGGCGAGAAGCCCAAGACCGCCCAAGGUCCCCCGAUCAGCGCCUCCUCCAAGGAUGAGGAGCAGUUCAUCCAACAAUUCAUGAAGGAAGUCGAUGGCGGCGAGAAGAAACCCAGCAACUAG